CGGCAUCCACACAAAGAAAAUGUGCAAGAGGUUUGACUCGUCUUCGUUGACUUGAUGGCUCCAGCUGCGGCCACUAAAAAGCAGCUGCGACCAGACGUCGCCGGAGACCAGUCCACCGCCGCCGCGCAAUUCUCACAUCAACCCAUCGAUCCCCCGUCGCCUCGCCGCCCGCGAAUCCGAUGGCAGAGGAGCCACCGCGACGCCGAGGGCUCCCCCGCGCCCUCCCCUUCUUCUUCUUCGUCGUCGUCCCCCUCCUCCUCGCCGUCGCGGCGCGGGCGCAGCAGGAGUACGAGGCCAACCUGCAGAACGCCUGCUACGCCAGCAACGGGAGCUCCACCCUCGGCUACACCUGCAACGCCACCGCCGGCGCCGCCGCCGCCGCGGCGUCCUGCGACGCCUACCUCGUGUUCCGCUCCGCCCCGCCGCUCUACGCCUCCGCGGUCUCCAUCUCCUACCUCCUCAACGUCACCCCGGCCGCCGUCGCCGACGCCAGCGCCGUCGACCCGGUCUCCCCCGUCGCCGCUGACCGCCUCGUCCUCGCGCCGGUGCCCUGCGGCUGCACGCCGGGCGGCUACUACCAGCACAACGCCUCGCACACCAUCCGGAACACCGGCGUCGAGACCUACUUCAUCAUCGCCAACCUCACCUUCCAGGGGCUCUCCACCUGCCAGGCGCUCAUCGCCCAGAACCCCCUCCACGACAGCCGCGGCCUCGUCGCCGGCAACAACCUCACCGUGCCGCUCCGCUGCGCCUGCCCCUCGCCGGCGCAGGCCGCCGCGGGGGUGAAGCACAUGCUCUCCUACCUCGUCACGUGGGGCGACAGCGUCUCCGCCAUCGCCGCGCGGUUCCGCGCCGACGAGCAGGCCAUCCUCGACGCCAACACCCUCACCGCGACCUCCAUCAUUUACCCCUUCACCACGCUGCUGAUUCCCCUCAAGAGCGCGCCCACGGCGGACAUGCUCGCCUCGCCGGCGCCGCCCCCCGCUCCGACGCCGCCGCAGGCGCAGCCGCCGGCGCCGUCCGGGGGAUCGGGCAGCGGGAGGGGAAUCGCCGUCGGGGUCGGUGUCGGUUGCGGCGUUCUUGCGUUGGCCGCUGUGCUUGGCUUGGUUUUCUUCUGUGUCCGGCGGCGACGCGGCGUUGGGGAAGGUGAUCGUCCUGAGAAGGUGGUCGUCGACGUGUCCUCCUCGGCGGAGUACGGCGCCCUCGCGUCGGGGAAGCAGACGACGACGACGAAUACGACCUCCUCCUCGUCGUUGUCCGCGGCGAGGUCGCUGAUGGCGAGCGACGUGCGCGAGGCGUUGGAGUCGCUGACGGUGUACAAGUACUCGGAUCUGGAGAAGGCGACGGCGGGGUUCUCGGAGGAGCGGAGGGUGCCCGGAACCGGAGUGUACCGCGGCGUGUUCAACGGCGACGCGGCGGCGGUGAAGCGGGUAGCCGGCGACGUGAGCGGGGAGGUCGGCAUCCUGAAGCGCGUGAACCACUCCAGCCUGAUCCGCCUCUCGGGCCUCUGCGUCCACCGCGGCGACACCUACCUCGUCUUCGAGUUCGCCGAGAACGGCGCGCUCAGCGACUGGCUCCACGGCGGCGGCGCCCGCACCGGCGUCCUGGGUUGGAAGCAGCGCGUGCAGGUGGCGUUCGACGUCGCCGACGGGCUCAACUACCUCCACCACUACACCAGCCCGCCGUGCGUGCACAAGAACCUCAAGAGCAGCAACGUCCUCCUCGACGCCGACCUCCGCGGCAAGCUCUCCAGCUUCGGGCUGGCCCGCGCGCUCCCCUCAGGCGACGGCGGCGCGCAGCUCACGCGCCACGUCGUGGGGACCCAGGGGUACCUCUCGCCGGAGUACCUCGAGCACGGCCUCAUCACGCCCAAGCUCGACGUGUUCGCCUUCGGUGUCAUCCUGCUCGAGCUGCUCUCCGGGAAGGAAGCCGCCUUCGCCGGCGACGGCAAUGGCGAGGCGCUGCUGUGGGAGGCCGCGGAGGGGCUCGUCGACGGCUGCGAGGACUCACCGAGCAAGGUGCGCGCGUUCAUGGACCCGCGGCUGGGCGGCGACUACCCGCUCGACCUGGCCAUGGCCGUGGCGUCGCUGGCGGCGCAGUGCGUGGCGGCGCAGCCCGGCGCGCGGCCGGCCAUGGACGAGGUAUUCGUCUCGCUCGCGGCGGUGUACAACUCCACGGUGGAUUGGGACCCCUCCGAUCACGGCAACUCCGGGUCGUCGCUGAUUGGGAGGUAGCUGACGGACAAAUCCGUGGCAAAUUCGGGUGAAAUUGAUCUGAAUUAUCGAAAUUUUUCAAAAGAAGUUUUGAAUUUGUAGAUGCAAAUAGUAUUAUUUUGCAAUUGAUCGUGCGAAUAAAACUCUCCCGAGGGCAUCGUCACUCAUUCGUGUGAUCGAAUUUGUAUAUGUUUAGUCAUUAGUUUACUUCUCUGCUAUGUGAUGAACAUUUGUUUUUGUACGACAAUCCAUCGUUUACCCUAAA